AUGGACACUACAAAAUAUAUAGAGCGCUGCAUCGACCUUGCUGGUGGCGGCAAUUCUCGAUUUCAUAAGAUUUUUGGAUUUCUACUCUCAGUGAUCUUUGGAAAUCAUUGUGUAUUCCUUUAUGGUCUCGGACUUUAUGAGGAAAUUCCAUAAUUGAAAUGCUUCGAUUAAAAAUCUAACAAAUUUCAGCAAUGCAGUUAAAUAUAAGCAUGCAGUGAUGGUAUCGAAUAUCAAAUAGACUAUCAAAGUGAUAAAACUAUCAUAAAUUGGAUGACUAAAUAUGAUCUAGUAUGUGCAUCUAAAUUUGACAUUGCCUUGAUCGGCACUCUGCUGAUGAUAGGAUAUAUGAUAGGUUCAGUCUUUUUUGUGAGAUUAGGAGAUUUUUAUGGCAGGAAGUUAGUUGUGACCGUAAGUGUAUUGAUCAGCAGCAUAUCUUUUAUUGGAAUAUUUUUCUCACCAAAUAUUAUUUAUGUCGAUGUAUUUAUUCUGAUUUAUGGAAUGACCUGUGGGCCUAGAGGUCUUGCUUAUGUGUAUAUACUCGAGUUAACUACAAAGAAGUAUGAAUUUAUCUAUUCAACUCUACCUAUGGCAUUAGACGCAAUUUCAAUGCUAAUUCUUGGAGUUUAUUUCUUAGCUUUUUCAGAUAUGUAUCCACUUUUGCUUUCUGUGACAAUAAUUUAGACAGUUGCUAUGGUUUUAGUAAUGAUUUAUGUCCCCGAGUCACCAAAACAACUUUAUGAAAAGUGCUAAUACUAACAGUUUUAUUAAUCUAUCAGAAGAAUCGCUAAAUUUAACAAAAUUACCAUUGAAGAUGAGGAUUUGAUUACGAUAGCAAAUGAUCUACAGGAUGAGAACUAAAAUGUAGCAAUAAAUUCAACUGACUAUGUUGAUUUGGAAGAAAAGAACUCAUCAAACAAAUAAAAGAUCAAAGAUUCCAAAAUUAAUCGUCAAGGCAAACUUAUCAAGUCAUUUUAAUCAAAAAAUCUAAUCACAGCAUUUCUGGCAGUGUUAUCAGUAGUUUCACUCAUAAUGUAUAUUGCAGAUUUGACAUUAGAUGAUGACACAACACUAAUGAUGGUACUUAUGUCAUUUCUAGUAUUCGCUUUAAGAGCAUUUAGUUCUCUAAAUUUUAUGACCGUCUAUUAUGCAAACAAUGAAUACUUCCCUACACUGCUUAAAGGAGCUAUAUUUUCAGUAACAAAUAUCUCAGCUAGAGUUGCUUCGGUGUUCUCUCCGAUAGUUGCUGAUGGUGUUUCAAAUCCAGCUAUAACAUUAUUCAUAUUUAUUAACACAGUCAUGUUUAACAUUCGAGUCGCGAUGUAUGUUGCCAGAAAAUACAGAUUAUACUGGGUCAGAAGACUUCUCUAUGUAUAUGGAGUGGGAGGGUAUUUUUAUGCUGGCUUCGGUAAAAACAUGGCGGCUGCAGGGUACAUGAAUAAUUUUCUCUAGCCUGUUGAUUACUCAUUAACUUUGAUGCUGGAUCUAGGGUCAAAUGAUGGUCACAAGUAUUCUAUGCAAAUAGUUAAGAUUUUGAAUGAUUCCAUGCAAAGCGAUGGGAAGCUAGAUAAUCUUGACUGGCUUUUGCUAGGACAACAUUUUUCAAAGAAUGCAGAAGAGGAAAUGGCAUUUUAGGUCUACUAAAUGGUCCAUUUAAAAGAUCACUAGAGAUUUAGAACAAACUCUGAACUCAAAUUUGAAACUAAUUCUAUUGUUAGAGAGAUUAGGAAAGCUACUUGA